AUGCCAACACCAAGGAGCAUCCUCACAAUCCGCCUCUCAAAACACCUCAACCCCCCCAUCGCCUCCAUCCUAGCCAGAGACUGGUGCAGAGCCCCCCAAAUCGCUGCAUACUUCGACAACAUUGGCUGCGACGUCGAAUACCAUAAUUUCCAGCAGCGUCUUGUCGACAUCCGCAAGAUGCUCAACGCACGCGACUGGGCUGGGGUGUUGGUGGGAUGGUGCUUGAGGGUUAUUCUAGACCGUGCUGAGAUGUUUGAGCAAGUUGUGGCGGUCUGUCAUGAGGAGCUUGCGGGGAAGGAGACGAGGGUCAUGGUUAGUACGGGUCCGGAUAAUUUGGUGGAGACGACAUUGAGGGGGUUUCCGGUGGAGGGGAGAAGAGGGGAGCGGAGCGGAGAGCUUGAAGAGCAUACCGGCUGUCGGUGA